GCUAGCUGCGCUGUUACUGGUCGGGCUAAUACGCUUACACACUGCUUUUCUGCUAAGAAAGAAGGAAGAGGGGAACGCGGUCCUGAUGCCUCUCGCUCGCGUAAUGAGCGGCGGUGCACGCCGCAGUGGAGGAGCGAGAAAACGCGCUUUCAGCAGCCUGCACUCAUCUGCCGAGGAGGAUGCUCUUCGAGGGGCGCGAACUUGCAUCUUCCAUCUCUAUCUAUCCAUCCCUUUCAGUUCUUCUUUGGCGGCAUGUUUCCGCAUUCCCAGUGCGCUCUAGCUAACGUGAGUGUGGCUCUAUCCAUCCCUUCCCUACCCUACCUACUUACCUAUACACACACCAAACCGGUUUCACCUGAUCCUCCGCUGUGACUUCUUAGCUGGCUUGGCUUCCUCUCACAGCCGCGCUAUAACUGACUGACUGACUGACAAAAAGGAGGAAAAGAGAGAGAAAGAAAAGAAGGAAACCCUCGAAUGGACUGGGAUAACGUUAAGCCAUUCAUAAAGCUCAAGCAGAAGCUGUGGAAAAUAAGCGUGAGUGAGAAACUUCCCUCAGAAGAGGGAAAAAUAUGCUUAAAGUAGCUAACAUAGCUAGUUAAACUAACCAACAUAGCAAAUAAUAACCCGUAUGUGAACGUUAACCUAAAUCUCAAUGUAAAAUUCAAACGUAAGAUAACCUAACUAAGCAGCCGUUGGUCGCUAGCUAACCCUAACGUCUCGCGCCAGCUAUAACUAUAACUAUAUAGGCUAGGCUAAUUUUUUAAAGAAAUAUCCCCAACCGUCACUGUGGCUCUACGGCUAACCUGGCUAAUUCGGCGGGGCUCCGGCACACAGGCUGGGCAUGGAGGGCUGCUGCCGCGGUUGUAUGCCAUGUCUGAAGCGCCUUUGGGACUGGAUAUGGCCAGAGCUCCACUACCCGUCGCCCACCAUCCCCGAAAUCCGCACCGUUUCAGGUGACCUGCGGAUCCCCGCGCCCAGAAAGAAGCCUGUUCAGCUGUACGCCGCCCUCUUCGACUUCGAAGCCCGCAGCGAGGAGGAGCUGUCGGUAAGAGAGGGCGACAAGCUGUCCGUCAUCGAGAAGAGAGGAGAAUACGUGCUGGCCAAGAAGCUGACGGGCACCCUGGAGUCCGGCCUGGUGCCCGCCAACUACGUGGCGCUGGUACAGGACGAGUUCGCCAAGUACAAGUGGUACUAUGGGAACAUAAACAGGCAGAAAGCUGAGAAGCUGCUGUUGGCUACUCAGAAUAAACCAGGUUCCUUUCUGGUCCGAAUCAGUGAGAGCCACAGUGAUGAAUACACCAUUUCAGCCAGAAGCGACAAAAAUGUCUUCCAUUUCCGUAUUCACCGCUCUACAAUUGGUGCCUACUUUGUAUCCGAUAAGGUAUCUUUUGCCACUCUGGAUGAGCUUAUCAGAUACUACCAGAACAACCCCAGGAGCCUGGGGUGCCCGCUGGAUCAGCCUUGUGUGCAGCAGAGGGAGCUGUUUGACAUGGAACCAUGGGAGAGGCCGAGAGAAGAAUUCCAGCUGAGCAGAAAGCUUGGGGAGGGGCACUUUGGUGAAGUCUGGGAAGCUUUAUGGACUACCAAAAACCAGAGAGUGGCCAUUAAAAUGCUCAAACAAGAGGAUACUAAACUGGAUGAGUUUGUGAAGGAGGUCCAUGCUCUGAAGAAUCUUCACCAUCCGAAGCUCAUUCAGCUGCUAGCACUGUGCACAAGAGGAGAACCUGUCUUCAUCAUCACAGAACUCAUGACCAAAGGCAGCCUCAAGUCCUACCUUGCCACUCCUGAAGGACAGGUUUUGACCUCUGCUCAUCUCAUCUACAUGGCCUGUCAAGUGGCAGAGGGCAUGGCCUACCUGGAGGACCGGCACAUCGUGCAUCGAGACCUGGCUGCCAGAAACAUCCUGGUGGGAAGUGAGCUGGAGUGUAAAGUGGCUGAUUUUGGCCUGGCUCGUAUUAUAAAGGACAGUGUGUACACAGCCAGUAGGAAUACCAAGAUCCCUGUGCGUUGGACAGCUCCAGAGGCAGCUCUGCACCAGCGAUUCUCAGUUAAAUCUGAUGUCUGGUCAUUCGGAGUGCUGCUCUACGAGAUGAUGUCACGAGGGAAGAUGCCCUAUGAAGGUAAGAACAAUAAGGAGGUUUUGGAGAUUUUAGCAUCGGGCUACAGGUUGCCAAGUCCGAGUCGCUGCCCUCCCAACAUCUACCGCAUGAUGAUGGAGUGCUGGGCUGCGGAUGGCUCCAAACGGCCCUCUUUCCACGCCCUGCACAGCCAGCUAGACAACAUCUACUCCAGGAUCUACUACAAGACUAUUGAGGUGUAGAACCAGAGCCAUUAGAGUCAUGCACAUCAACAAGCUAUAGCUCUAAAGUAACUCAGAAGAGGAUGAACAGGUGCAAAAGACUUCACUCAAGAUUGCACUCUUCCUGAAUCUAUGUCUGAUGUCAAAUUGAUGGACGCUUCUUGCCAAAACGGUUUUAUUUUUUCCUCUCGUAUUUGCUAAUGAUGUUUUUAUUGAUUGUAUUGUAUUACAUCACGUGCAAUAAUGACUCUUCCUGUGGAGGAGAAAAGUGAGAAAAGAAAAAGAAGGGCAGAGAGCGGAUUGAAUUUACAGUGCCAGAUAUACUGUUAUCUAUACCCUGAGCAACAACAGCAUCAUGCUAAGUCAGUGAGGGCUCUGUAUGGGUUAUGUACAGAAUCCAUCAAAAGUUUGGACACACCUGCUUCAACUGUUUUUUUUUUUUUGUACCAUUUUCCACGUUUCAAAUAAGAUUUUAAAAUGAUAAAAGGCUAGUAAUUUAUAUAUCACAUUUCAUACAGUGAAAUGAAAGUGCUUUAUAUGACUAAAUAACAGAAUCAGCUUUAUUAUAAUCAGUCUUUAACAAUAUAUUUCAUUCCUAAAUAAAAAUGAUACAGAAAAUGGAUUUUUUAAAAGAUGUGCACUUGAAAAAUGUCUUAUCACAGUUUUUCCUUUUAUAUUUUGGAAAUAAAUGCAUACAUAUGCUUCAUACAAUAGCUCUUUAGAAAACAGAAUAAACAGUACAAAUCCCAGUGCUUCUACAGCAUCCAUGGCCAGAAAUAUAAGAGAAUAUACUCUUCUAUUUCUAUUUUUCCUUAAUUUCAUGCAAUGCUAACUAAUCAUGGGUGUCUGUUAACUCGGGUAUACUGAACUAGGCAAAGACAGAUGUGAAGGAGUCAUGUACAGACACAGAAGCAUCUGCCAGAGUAUUUGCCCGAUUCACACAAGAUAUGCAGAAGUCGAGAACUGAAUACUUGCUUAUCUGCUGUAGUAAUAUUUGAAGAUGGGUGUAAGUGUCAAACCGGUUUUGCCAGUCAAGCUUUCGUCUGCUCUUCUUUGAUUACGCCCUCGGUCUGAUUCCAGCUAACAGUUGUUUCGGUCUAGUUUUGCCCUGCAGCAGUAUCGGAUAUCCAAUCAGCAUUUGCUUAUGUUGGAGAUAUUCUUCGAAUCAGGUGUGUCCAAACUUUCAAUAUGUGUGUUGCAUUCCCUAACAGUAUUUAGCCGGUGUUGCCGUCUGCCGUUCAUGUGGACCUGCAGACACUCAGACGUUCAGGGUCAGUUUCUAGAAUAGGUAGGUCUAAUCCACUUUCAGGUGAGUGUUUUGUUUACCAGUGAUUCACCUGCCAACUGUGGAUGUUCUCACCUUGAACAAAAGUCAAGCAAAUGCAAAGACUGUUACACUGAAUGGAGCAUCUGUGGACAUUUAUUAGAAUUUUUUGUUGAUGCUCUGCUACUAAAAACUAAAAAAAAAAAAAAAAAGAAACCUAAAAAAAAAACUUGCUUGCAUCAGUUUUAGAUAUGCACUCCAAGCACUUGAUACUGUGUUACAAAAUUGAAAAGAAGGAGCCAUAAGAGUUACAAACAAACUCUCUUGCACUUCAUCUGGAUGCCUCAUACUCCGAUUCAUGGAAAUCAUUUCUGUGAUCGACGUCUUCCUAUUCAUGGGGUGGUGAGGUUGGGGGCAGGGGGUAUUACCGUGAACUUUGAAGAGAUUUUAAAAUAAAAUAUUUUUGAAUACA